CAAUGAAAGCUCCGGGUGUAUUUAUUUUUAUUUUUAAAUUAACUUUUUGUAAUUUUGACACAAGCUCUACCCAGGUUUUACCAAUAAUUGUGAUCCUCUCUCUCCAUCUCUAUUCUCUAGAUAGACACCCCCAAAUCUCUCCACCGAUUAGCAGGUCUUUGGGGGCUUGAAAAACUUGUCAAUGGCAGUUUUUUGAACUUGUAUGAGUUGAGAAGGAUAAAGGAGGGUGGUGGAGAUUUUAUAGAAAACAAAUGUACCGGCAUAUGGCGGCAGAUCAGACUCAUGGUGGACAACCUACUGAUAGCGGAGAUGUGGUGGUGACUCUUGAUCAAAUUCCUAGAUGGAGUGAUGGGGAUUUUAGAUAUUCUUAUGAAAUUGAAGAUCCCAAUUUUCCAAAUUCAAACUUCCCUGAUCCCUUGGCUUCUUCUUCUGGAGCUGAAAGUAGUGGAAAGGUCUCAAGGUUUCCUGUUGACCAUGAAGUUAACUCAAAAAUCUAUCUUUGGAGAGGAAACCCAUGGAAUCUUGAAGUAGAUGCUGUUGUCAAUUCCACAAAUGAGAAUUUGGAUGAAGCACAAUGCAGCCCUGGUUUGCAUGCUGCAGCUGGGCCUGGUCUAGCUGAAGAAUGUGCAACAUUGGGUGGCUGUAGAACAGGGAUGGCAAAAGUUACUAAUGCAUAUGAUCUUCCUGCAAGGAGGGUUAUACAUACAGUUGGGCCUAAGUAUGCUGUAAAAUAUCAUACUGCAGCAGAAAAUGCUUUGAGUCACUGCUAUCGUGCUUGUUUAGAACUCCUCAUUGAAAAUGGACUCCAAAGCAUUGCUAUGGGGUGUAUAUACACAGAAGCCAAAAAUUAUCCACGAGAACCAGCAGCCCAUGUGGCAAUAAGAACUGUUCGCCGAUUACUUGAGAAACAAAAGGAUAAAAUUACAGGUGUUGUCUUUUGUUUAACAACAACAAAUGAUACUGAAAUAUAUAAAAGACUACUUCCACUCUACUUUCCUCGUGACAAAAAGGAAGAAGAGAUUGCAAUUUCAAAGCUUCCUGCUGAUGUUGGAGAUGAAAAUGGUGAAACAGUAAUAGAUGAAAGAAAAAUCAGAAUAAAACCAUUACCAAAUCUCAAGAAAAGUAGUAGCCCUAAACCUCAACGAGCCUCACUAGAUGUUCCUGUUAGUGAUCUUGUAAUGGCUAGAAGGAACUCUUCGCAUUUGGAAGCAUAUUUAGAUCCUGCUUUUAUGUCUAUAAUUAAAGAUCCUGAUCAAAGGCGUAAGGAACAAUGGGAAAGAACUGCUCGAGCACAAAAUGGAUUUAAUUUUGCGAAAAUGUUAGGGUUUGGUGAUCUUGGAGGCCCAAAACUUUCUGCUGCUGAAGAAUAUUCGUUACAUUCUAGAUAUCUUGCUAAAGCCAAUUCUCUUAAUCUUUCUGAAAUAGCAGAAAUGAAGAUUCUAUACAGGGGAGGGGUAGAUAGUGAAGGCAGACCAGUAAUGGUUGUAGUUGGAGCACAUUUUCUCCUUCGUUGUCUUGAUCUUGAAAGAUUUGUUCUUUAUGUAGUAAAGGAGUUUGAACCCUUGAUACAAAAACCUUAUAGCAUUGUUUACUUCCACUCUGCUGCAUCUCUACAAGUGCAGCCAGAUUUGGGAUUUAUGAGGAAAUUGCAGCAAAUACUUGGUAGGAAAAGCCAGCGCAAUCUUCAUGCAAUAUACAUCCUCCACCCGACCUUUGGACUCAAGGCUGCCAUACUUGCAUUGCAACUAUUAGUCGAUGGCAUGGUGUGGAAAAAGGCUGUAUAUGUUGAUCGACUUCUUCAGCUUUUCAGAUAUGUUCCUCGUGAACAGCUAACAAUUCCUGACUUUGUCUUCCAGCAUGAUUUGGAAGUGAAUGGAGGAAAAGGGCUUAUUGUGGAUCCAAGAACAAAAUAUGUAUACCAACGACCUUAGACAUGAGACAACACAUUUUUAUGCAAAUUUGAGCAAAAAGUACACCAAGGCUCUUCUUCAGUUUCACAAGGCUGUGAUUCAAAUCUGUGACACAACUGUAAAGUUUCCAUUUUAUUUAUUCAAGUUUCCUUCUAUUUAUAGAUGCGAGUUGUGAUGUAUUUUAUUUCCUCCUGUAAAGUUUUCAACACUUUAGAUAUUGUUCUUGUGAAAUUUGUUUAUUGUUUGGACUGACUGAUAAUCAUGUUGAAUAAAUUUUAAUAGUAAUGUUGUUGAUUUUCUUUA